UGUGUGUGUCUUUGCUUGCGUAGUCACGUGUGUACCACGUGGUGCACGUGAUACAGCGUGAGGCACUGGUAGCAGUGACAUGACACGCUGACAGACAUGACCGCUCCGAACUGAGCCACUCUCUGGAACCAUAAACGUUGACAUCCGCCAUGUCUUACCAUGUGCCUCUGGCUAAAUUUUGGGUCUCCGUGCUGGUCCUGUUGACUCUACUUGGAAGCGGCUGUGCCCAAGGCAACCAGAUCCAGCAGCUCCUCAUUCAAAUUUGCAGCGAGAGAAUGCUAGAGGUGUCCGAAGUCCUCAUCGACUGUGCGGCAAGGGUGUACGGCGUCAAGGAUAUCCACAGUAAACUGAGGGACUGCGUACUGGUGCACAUAGGAGCCAAAAGUCCCGAGGCUGAAAUCACCGUCACGCCUUCUGCAGUUCCAGAGCUGUGCAACAUGACCAACGUCCAUCACGAGGACAACGACGUGGACAUUAAAGACGAAGAAAUAGAUAAAGUCGUGCCGUACAGGGCUGGAUCAACAUUAUACUGUGCCUUGGCGAAUGUCAAGAUUUCACCCAAUGACCUACAGAGGGCGUACAACUGUAGAACCGGCGGCAUUGGCGAGUUUAUAUUGUCAACUCAUUGCUCGAAGAUCCAAGGUCAUGCUGAAGACUGGGAGUUGGUCGGUUCGAAUCCAGCCACCGGCUGUCGGCACAGUACCCCACGAGGUCUACCUAGGACGCACCCUUCCUGCAUUUCUCUCUCCACCCGUCCACCUCUGUACGCCGCCCAAAGCCUCAGUUUCACGGGAAUUAAACAUUUUGUGUAGCAUAUCUUCGUUGUA